GCCCACAGGAAACUACAACUCCCAGCAGGUCGUGCGCUGGCGCCGUGGAGGCUGCUGGGAGAUUGGGUCUCCUUCGCUCUUCCCCAAUUGUGCAGGGGCUGCCAUUGAGCCGGCGUCGCUACAAAACUGUGGUCGCCAAGUGAUGAUGUUGUGAAGUCGCCCGCCCGUCCCCGCCACGCCCGGGCGGUUACUGGCAGCGGCGGCCGCUUGGGCUGCUGCUCUCAGGCUGCCGCUGCUUUAGAGACUUCUCCCUGAGGGAGCGCGGGCGGAGGACGACAGACGUCUAGCUGUUCCUAUGUCCAGACAGAGCCUUUAAGAGCUAGAUUGUUGGCCUGAAGCUUCAAUGUCACGUUGUGGGGAAGCCAAACCCUCCCUAAGGUUUCGGUGGAUUCCUGGUGUUCUUGCGGCCCCUGAGCCACUGCCGUCUGGAGGAGACUUCUUUCCCUCCCUCUCCCUCUCCAGAGAGAGAAGAAACAGUUGCUACCCGAGUCUUCUCAGAACAUCUUAGCCUUCCUUUGAUGCUGCAAGGCCUCACCUUCCACUGUCAUGAGUGUCCAAGGUAUGAUAAUCACGUGAGAGCACUCAUUGCUGCUGAUGUCAUUGGAAUCAUCGGAAAAAAUCUGUUUAAAAGAAAAUAUCCAUAGGACCAGAUCCAUUUCUUUAUUGAAUGGCUUGAUGGAUUUCCUUUUCUCUGAUUCCUACCAAAGCUGUCCUUCUCAACCAAAGCAAGAAAGGAUCCUGCAUGAGUCAAUCCCAGGAUGCUAUUUUUACAUCACCAACAGGUGAAGAAAACCUCAUGAAUAUCAAUCACAGAGACUCAGAAAGCAUCACUGAUGUCUGUUCCAAUGAGGAUCUCCCUGAAGUUGAGCUGGUGAGUCUGCUAGAAGAACAGCUACCCCAGUAUAAGCUGCGAGUGGACUCUCUCUUCCUGUAUGAAAAUCAAGACUGGACUCAGUCCCCACGCCAGCAGCAGCAUGCGUCUGAUGCCCUCUCUCCAGUCCUUGCUGAAGAGACUUUCCGCUAUAUGAUUCUAGGCACAGACAGGGUGGAGCAGAUGACCAAAACUUACAAUGACAUCGACAUGGUUACACAUCUCCUGGCAGAGAGGGAUCGCGAUCUGGAGCUAGCUGCUCGAAUUGGACAAGCUCUCUUAAAGCGGAACCAUGUCUUGUCCGAACAGAAUGAAGCCCUGGAGGAGCAAUUGGGACAAGCCUUUGAUCAAGUUAAUCAGCUGCAGCAUGAGCUGUCCAAGAAAGAUGAGUUACUUCGAAUUGUCUCCAUUGCUUCUGAAGAGAGUGAAACUGAUUCCAGCUGUUCUACUCCACUUCGGUUCAAUGAGUCCUUUAGCUUAUCUCAAGGUUUGCUGCAGUUGGACAUGCUGCAAGAAAAGCUCAAGGAACUGGAAGAAGAGAAUAUGGCUCUUCGAUCCAAGGCUUGUCACAUAAAGACAGAAACUAUUACCUAUGAAGAGAAGGAACAACAGCUUGUCAGUGACUGUGUUAAAGAACUUCGUGAAACAAAUGCUCAGAUGUCCAGAAUGACUGAAGAAUUGUCUGGGAAGAGUGAUGAACUGAUUCGAUACCAAGAAGAGAUCUCCUCUCUUUUGUCUCAGAUUGUAGAUCUUCAGCACAAACUUAAAGAACAUGUGAUUGAGAAGGAAGAACUGAGACUUCACCUACAAGCUUCCAAAGAUGCCCAAAGACAACUGACAAUGGAGUUGCAUGAGUUACAAGACAGGAAUAUGGAGUGUCUGGGAAUGUUACAUGAGUCCCAAGAAGAAAUAAAGGAACUUCGUAGUAGGUCUGGCCCUGCUGCUCAUCUCUACUUCUCCCAGUCAUAUGGAGCUUUUUCUGGGGAAUCCCUGGCAGCUGAGAUUGAGGGGACCAUGCGUAAGAAGCUGAGUUUAGAUGAGGAAUCUUCUCUCUUUAAACAAAAAGCCCAACAGAAACGGGUAUUUGAUACUGUCAGGGUUGCCAAUGACACCCGGGGUCACUCUGUCCCAUUGCCAGCUCUGCUACCCAUUCCAGGCUCCAACCGUUCAAGUGUCAUCAUGACAGCAAAGCCUUUUGAGUCUGGUUUACAGCAAACAGAGGACAGAACACUCCGGAACCAGGGCAGCAGCUCAGAGGACGCUCCAGGGAACAUGGAGAAAGUGGGUCAGCCAGGACCGUCUGAAGAUAGUGAUGUGGCCACAGCACUGCAUCGCCUCAGUCUGCGACGACAGAACUACUUAAGUGAGAAGCAGUUCUUUGCUGAAGAGUGGGAACGGAAGAUCCAGGUUCUGGCUGACCAGAAGGAAGGGGUUAGUGGCUGUGGCACCCCCACUGAGAGCCUUGCCUCUCUCUGCACUGACCAGUCGGAGACCACAGAGCUCAGCAGUGUCAGUUGCCUUCGAGGCUUUAUGCCUGAAAAGUUACAAAUUGUCAAGCCUCUUGAAGGGUCACAAACUCUGCACCACUGGCAGCAGCUGGCUCAGCCACAUUUAGGAACCAUUCUUGACCCACGACCAGGUGUCAUCACGAAAGGCUUUACCCAGUUGCCCAGGGAUGCCAUCUAUCACCUCUCAGAUUUAGAAGAGGACGAUGAGGAGGGUAUCACUUUUCAGGUUCAGGAGCCUCAAGUGCAACAGGAACCUUCAGUGUCCAAGCCAAUAACAGGAAUCUUCCUUCCACCCGUCACUUCAGCAGGUGGUCCAGUUACAGUGGCGACCUCAAACCCAGGAAAGUGUCUGUCGUGCACAAACUCGACAUUCACGUUCACCACCUGCAGGAUAUUACACCCCUCUGACAUCACCCAGGUCACCCCCAGCUCUGGGUUUCCUUCAUUGUCCUGUGGAAGUAGUGGUGGCAGUUCAUCAGACACCGCAGUGAAUUCUCCUGUUAUGUCCUAUAGACUCAGCAUUGGCGAAUCCAUCACCAACCGACGAGAUUCCACUAUAACCUUCAGUAGCACCAUGAGCUUGGCCAAACUUCUGCAAGAGCGAGGCAUCUCUGCUAAAGUGUACCAGAGCCCAGUUUCAGAGAGCCCCCUCCUCCAGCCUCUCCCUAAAGCCCUGCCUAUUCCUUCCACACCACCAAAUUCACCGUCUCACUCACCUUGCCCUUCUCCUUUGCCCUUUGAGCCUCGAGUGCAUCUCUCUGAAAAUUUUUUGGCCUCCCGACCAGCUGAAACAUUCCUCCAGGAGAUGUAUGGUUUGAGACCUUCCCGGAACCCUCCUGAUGUUGGCCAGUUGAAGAUGAACUUAGUGGACAGGCUGAAGAGACUAGGGAUAGCCAGAGUGAUCCAGACCUCUGAUACGCACAAAAAUGGAAGAAGCCAAGAGGCAGAAAUUGGUCUUCAAAGACCAGACUCUGCUGUUUAUUUAAAUUCAGGUAGCAAUUUAUUGAGUGGACUGAGGAGGAAUCAGAGUCUUCCAGUGAUGAUGGGUAGCUUUGGCACCCCAGUUUGCACAUCUUCACCCAAAAUGGAUAUCCUGAAGGAGGACUGAGGUUCAGCAGUUAACUGACCUCUUAGACAAAUUAGCACAUGAAGGAUAGAUUUGCACUGAUACAUGUAGUCUGGUCUGAGAGAAAAGGAACGUUGCAGAAGGGGUGUGAACGUGGGAAGGGGAACGUGGAAGAAUGGAAACAGAAUUGCAGUGAGGCCCUAAUGGAUGAGGUCUGGUAAGCUGAAAGCGUAAAUGGAUGAGUCAUGAGUGUUUGGAGGCAGAAAGGGAACAAAGGUUUCAUACGCUCCUUCAGUUGGGUUUUCUUGUCUUGAAAAUAAAAAGUGACUAGAAAAUAAAUUCAGUAAUAUUGAAACAUACCAGAAAUACUGAAUUUGCUAGCACAUUUACUUUGGGAAGCACAAGCAAGGAGGACCCAGGUUGGGAGAUGGAAAGAAAGGAGCAGCAGCUUUGACAUCGCCUGUAGAAAGCUGUUCUGGAGGGUUGCCGGGGAAAGCUCAGUCUGUUACUGAGGCAGCCAUGAGAUGGCUCAUGGGUUUGCACCUCCAUCAGAUGCUGUGCUCACAGCAUUAGCACACGGGGAAUUUUACCUUUUUCUUAAGAUCAGAAGAGUGGAGACUCCCGUUUGCUUUCUGUUUUCAGGCCCUUGAGCCACUGGGAGCCCAAAUGCCACCAUAUUCAUUUUGUAUUUGUGAUUAAUAAAAGUUCAUUUUUUAAAACUGUAUUUUUGUAAAUAUCCCCCCAAAAAACAACAUGAGUGGGGAGUAGGAGGGAAUUACUUUAAGAAGGAAAAUAUGGGUAAAUUGGAACCAAGGAAACUUGUUUUCAGAAUAUUUCUUCUGAAUAAGUGCAGUGGCCAAUGCGUUUGAACAUAAUUACGUCUUUCAAAUUUCCAUGGAGGCUGGAAGGGAUUCAACCAGAAGUGCAAUCAUAGGAAUUAGGGAAUGUUGUGUAUUUAUGUCUGUAAGUUUUUUUGUAAGGAAAGUUAGUUGUAACUAAACUUUUUCCAAGAUAUGCUAUGCAUAUUUUUAAUGAAAGAUGACAUGUAUUUGCACAAAAAUUCUCAGGCACAUUAAAUUAUAAGCUGAAGUAAAACCCAGGUGCUUGCUUUGAGAUUGUAGUUUUUUUAAACACAAAAUAAAAUUAAAAAACAUCUGCCUUUUUCUUGAUAUCUGUAGAAUUAGAGAACAAACUUUUUAAUGGGAGAGUGAAAGCUUUUGCUUUUUCUCUGGGGUUUUUUUUUUUUUUUUUUUUUUUUUUUUACAAACUAUGCGAAAUGUCAAAGUAAAACUCAAGGAUUAGGUUUCAGCAUUUAGCUGUGUGAUGCAAGGCUGUGAAUCGGGAAGAAACAGAUCUGUUUUUUGAGUGUUGCUGAUCAAGGUCUGCUCCUCAUCAGAUGACGUGGCUUUAUCUAGGCCGUACAGUUCAGAAAGAAAUACCAUUAUAUGAAAGGCAUGAUGGAGAGACAAUGGGGGGGGGGGGGGCUAAUUAUUUUGUUUUUGAAAAUGAGAGACAUAUUACGUUUUUUUCUGUGCUUAAUUUGCAAGUGUUUUGCUCCUUUGUUCUAACUUAACUGAAAGGCAAUUUUCUGAAAAAUUCUUGAUGAAUCUUGCACAUUUGGCUCCCAUUCAUACACCUAUUCCAGGCCAGAGAAGGGUCCUUCCUCUCUUCUUGAGGUGCCUCUCCUAUGUGAAGAGCUUUGUGCUCAAAAGGGUAGAAAAACCAACAUGCAUGCAAUGGCAAGAAAAUGUGAGUUUUCCGUGCUUUUUAGAAUCUUUCAAUAAAAUUUUUCUAAAUAAAUUUCUUAAAAACAAAAAGUGGAAGUGUCCUCUCCCCAUUCUCUCUCCUUGCUCAGUCGUGCUGAGGUCAGCAGGCCGUACACAGGCAUGUUCAGAAAGCAUUCUAGCUGGUCCACGAGUCAGAGUAAGUGUCCCUGAUUGUGGCAGGCAUUAACCAGAAGAAUUCCUGAUGUUUAAAUUUUCAGAAUAUUCCAGUUCACGUUUUAAAAAAUAGUAUUUGAGAUUCUACUUCAUAAAGUAACUCUGGGUGCUUAUUUUAGCUAAUUCUAAAGCUUUUUAUUUAUUCUCAAAGAAAGUAAUCUUCCUCUUGCCACAUCAGGAAGUAGGAAAAUGUAGGACCAGAGAGUAGUACAAAGUGUUAAAUUAUCAGAUUUAUGGUUUUUUUAUAUUAUGUAAAUAGCUAUAAAUUAAUCUAGAUUUUGGAGUGUUCUAUAUAAUUAGUAUACUUUUUUAUAACCGAUGUUAAAAUGAUCAUUUAGGAGGCAAGGCAAGGGCAUAUUCACAGCCGCCUAAGCACGUCAGAUGAAAGAGAACCAUACUUAGGUUUUUGAAAAUUAGAUUGAUGUUGUUGUUCCACCAGAAACAUGAUAAUUGUAUACUGGUGCAUGCUUGUCUCUAGAAAUGAAGUCUGUUUUGAAAUUGGGUUUUGCUGUUUUUGAAGUUUCCACCUAAAAUCAUUUUUGGUACAGCCUGAGAAUCUCUAUUACAACAAAAUUGUGUGCAAAGUAUAAUGAGAAGAACUGGAGCCUUGUAGCAAGUUCCUCCUCGAUUUAUCUGGUAUGCAUUAGUAUAGUUCACAUUUUAGUUCUUCUGUAUAACUGCGUGUGUACUUUUAUGCCAGUAUAGGAAACUCCAAUCUGUCUUUUUUCUCCUUCAGGAAGGUUCUCACUGAUUAUACCUCAGGUAUUUCUGAGUAUCCUAUUAUCUAGUAGGAGGGAUACCUUCAUGAGCUCAGAAUUAAAAAUUUCCAUGAAUUAUGAUGAUCCCAAAUCUUACAUAAAUAGCCUUAGGUGUGGGUCUUAGGGAGAAGUUAAUGACCAUUGUUAAAGUAGGUUUUUAAAAAGUUUUGUACUAUGUGUCCUUGAUUUGACAUGAACGAGCAGACUUUGGCAAAGGGAAGAAACAAGUUAGAGGCAGCUCUCAACAAGAGCCUGUUCUCUAUUAAUGGUGUAUUUUAUAUCCUAUUCCAAGCCUGUUAUUUUUCUGACCUCUCUAGUACUUGAUUAGUUCUUGUUGGUUGCUAACGUUGGCUCGACGUCUGCAACUAGAGCUCUUAGUGUUUAAUGGUCCACUCCUUUGACAUCAGAUGCGUGUACUCCAGGUGCGACGCUCCAGGUAUCUACCCAGAGUGGUUGGCUGCAGAGCACAGCUCCUAGGAGCAGCGUGAGUGCCUGCUGGGGUGGCCGGGGAAGUACUGCUGUUGGACAUCUGGGCUCAACUCUGUCAAACAGCCCUUUGUGCACCUGCCUUUGCUUUGUCAAAUGUAAAUCAGAUAAUAAACCCUGAGUCUCUUCAUAAGUU